CGCUAAGGAUACAUCCACGUGUGGGAUCUGGCGGUUGCAGAUCGUCAACAUUGUAGCGUCGGCCAGGUCGGAUUCGUGCUUUUGAUUGCCCCUUCGUCAAGAAAUUCUCCGAUUCGAUUCAUAGAGAUUUCGAGUUAUAAAUUCGCUAAGAGGAGAAAAUUUGUUAUCAGACGAGGAAGAAGAAAUGGAAUCGGAGGAUUCAUUGAGAUCAAGAUUGGAGGAAUUGCAAAAAGAUUUGAGGAAGAAACAGAGAUUCGAGGAAGCAGUUUCCACCACUAUAUCUCUUCUUCAAGAUUGCUAUCCUACUGCUUCUCCUUCUCUACGCAAAUCGUUCUAUUCCGUAAUUUGCCGAGUUGCUACAGUAUUGAAGACAAGAUAUACGGCCCCAGGGUUUUGGUGUUCUGGUCUCAAGCUUUUUGAGGUUUCUUUGAGUCUGGUCUCUGAUCCUUCUGAGAAACAACAAUUACAGGCUAACAUAGCUCAUGCCAAGGAAAUUCUGCACCAAAUUGACAAUCCAUCUUCACCGUCACAACGUACUUCAAAUGGAGGCUAUCUUUUUGAGGGCCAUCUCACUGUUGAUCCGGAGCCACCCCAGCCCCAAUGGCUGGUGCAAUCGAACCUCUUGACAGCCGCUGCAGCUACGCUAUUUAACGCUGAAUCUUCUCAAGCUCCGGUUGACAACAACAACAAUUCCGAGAAUACUACUGACUUCCUUCAAACGGUUAUUGAAAAUCUAGAGAACGCUGUAGAUGGGUUCAUGGAUUUGGAAACGGUUAGCGGACCUCCGAAAGUUCCUCCUGCAAGUAAAGAAGUCGUUGAGAAACUUCCUGUAAUUACUAUAACAGAGGAAGUUCUUGCCAAGCUAGGAAGAGAUGUACAAUGUGCCAUUUGCAGGGAAAACUUGGCUGUUGAUGACAAGAUGCAGGAAUUGCCUUGCAAGCACACAUUCCACCCACCUUGUUUGAAGCCAUGGCUGGAUGAGCAUAACUCUUGCCCGAUCUGUCGACACGAAUUGCCCACCGAUGACCAUAAAUAUGAGAGCUGGAAGGAGCGAGAGAAGGAGGCAGAAGAAGAGAGAAAAGGAGCUGCAAAUGCUGUUCGUGGCGGCGAAUAUAUGUAUAUUUGAAUGCCAUUGCAUUUUCUUACUAUCAGGUAGUCAAUUACUUAAGUAACGUCUAAUAAGGCUAUUUCAUAUGUGAUUUCUUUGAGACGAUAUUGGAGCUUCAAUUUUUAGCUAGUCUUCUAUAGUUGAAACCACAUAUAAUAGCUUCUCAUCUCUGCAUCUGUCACUAGAAUGUUACACUUAUAUGGUUCCGUUGAU